GGGGAGAACACUUUAAUUUAAACUAGUGAUUCUACAGUAGUCUUCAACAAAAUUUAACAUCAACCGGCAGCGAUACCACUUUAAGAAAAUUCCAAGGAAAAGACAAACCCAUUUUAAAAUUCCCACCUCUGGCUUCCAAGGAUUGGGUUACAAACUUCGACAAAAUGCUCCUCUCCACUCCCUAUUGAGGACAAUGUAUCAAAAAAUAUGCAAGAAUCACAGGAAUCCCACUUAACCAACCACCUAGAUGAAGUUGUUGCUGCUGUCAGCAUCACUCCUAAAGCGAAGAUCCAAAACAAGCUGCCGCAGACAGUGCUGUUCCAGCCACCACGAGAGAAACUCCACCUCUGUGAAGAGAAAGCAAAGUCCUUUUCCAGCAGUCACAAUUAUAAACAGGCUGUCAAGGAGCUUGUGCGUUAUGUAGCAUUGGCAAGAAUUUGUUACGGCAACUCCCAUUGGAAAAUAGCAGAGGCACAUGUCAAUCUGGCUCAAGGGUACCUCCAGAUGAAAGGAUAUGCACUGCAAGCAAAACAACACGCAGAAAAAGCCAAAGAAAUCCUCACCGACUCCAUUGUGCCUCCCUUUACUGACAAUUCAGAUGUUUUCAAGUGUUCCAUAGAACUGUUCUAUACCCUGGGGAAAGCCCUACUCUCUCUUCAAAAAUUUAAAGAAGCUACAGAGAAUUUGAGAAAAGCAGAGAGACUUUCAAAGGAGCUGCUACAAUGCGGAAGGAUUGUACAGGAAGAGUGGAUAGAAAUCCAAGCACGGAUCAAAUUGUCAUUUGCACAGAUGCAUCAAGCUCAGAAGAAAUCUAAAGAAGCUUUGCCCUACUAUAAAGAGGCUUUGGAAUAUACUGAGAUCAGCAAAGGUGAACAAAGUCAUGAGUAUGUAUCAGUCUUGAGGGAAUUAGCUGCUGUAGAGCAAGCCCUGGGACUGCACGAUGUGGCCAUCAAUCAUUUCUUACAGGCCCAUGCCAUCGUCCUGAGUAGAAACCCCUCUCAAGAGGAGGCAGCCGACUCCUCACACUUUGUCGCCCGUGCUGCUGUCGCUUCUGGGAGGCCUGAGCACCAUGAUAUGGCUGAGCAGUAUUUUCAAGACAGUAUGACUCAUCUUAAAGAUUCUGAAGGGAAGGAAAGAGCCAAAUUUCUUUCAAUUCAAGAUGAAUUUUGCCAUUUUCUACAAAUCAUUGGACAAAAAGAGCGAGCAACCUUGAUCCUGAGAGAGUCCCUGGAAGCCAAAGUGGGAGCAUUUGGCGAUUUCAGCCCAGAGGUGGCAGAGACAUACCGGCUCCUGGGUGGGGAGGACCUGGUGCAGGGGAACUACAGCGGAGCUCACAAGAAACUGAAGAAGUGUCUUCAGAUUCAGAUGAUCUUAUAUGGACCACAAGACAAGAGGACCCUGGCCACCCAGCAGUCUGUGGACACCCUGUCCAAGACCCCCGAGGUCGCCGGAAAGGCAAGGAAGUCUCCAAAAGCCAUAGUGGCAUUCUGCACCACUGUCCCUCAGCACUCUGCACUGGGAAAGGCCAGGACCAACCUGGCAGACUGA